GGUUAGGCCUGUGUGAGCUCUUAAUGUCCGGUUGUGUGUUUGUCUGUGGCUUGUACUUUGCUUAUGGCUUCGCUGCUCUCAGCAAUCAGCCUAAAUACAUGACAUCAUCUUCCUGCAAUGCCCUCACCACCCCCCCCCCCCCUCUCCAUCUCACUCCUCUCCACCUUCACCUCCUCCCUGCCUCACACUGCUUCUUCUUUUCACUGCCCCUCCUCGUUUAUCCUCUCACUCCCUCGCUCGUCUCCUAGUAACAGGCGAUUUCUUUUCUUGCUGUGUCAUUAUAUACAAUAACAGUAUAACUGCUGAUGUGUUUGUGCCUAAUUUCAAUUAUCAUAAGACAUGCAGUUUAUAGAGCGAGCACUGUGAACUCUGGCAAUACUGUGAAUUCACAUCAUGGAGAUUUGUGAGUCUUAGAAAAGGUGGCAAACUCUGUGAAAAAAAGACUCAUUCUUUCUAGUUCAUACCAGCUUCCACCUUUUUAAAAAAAAGUACUAGAUGAAGUAAAAGAAACCGAUUUGUAAUUGUUCUGGCACAUCAAAAGGUUGUUGUGUUUCCUGCUGCCAGAGGACACUGUUCAAAAGAGUUUACAGUAAACAAGGUCCUCUGGUGACAAGGACAUCUCAGAAUAUGCUUUCAAUGUUAAAGAGAGAAGAGAAACAUGGAGAGAGAGAGACAGGAAAUGAAUGCAAAAGAGCUGCUUGUUAUGCUGCAGAUCAACCCGAAAAGGACAGAACUAUGAACAGUGAAAUAUAGUUACAAUGUCAAUAAAAUGUGUUUUUGUUAACCAUAUGAUUAAGCUCUAAAGCAGUGUACACUGAUUUACAAUCUGCCUUCAGUUACAUCCCGUAGGACAACAUAUCCCAGUUGAGGAGACUAACACUGUCUGUCUGCCUCCUCGUACAGAGAGAUGUCUGGAGGACCACGAGCUGGUGGUUCAGGUUCAAGCCUCCAUGAGCAGCGACAGUAAAUUCCUCUUCAGGAAGAACUAUGCCAAAUAUGAAUUCUUCAGGAACCCCCUGAACUUUUUUCCAGAGCAGAUGGUGGCUUGGUGUCAGGAGUCCGAUGGCUCAAUCCCUCAGUCACAGCUCUUACAGAACUUUCUGAACUCCAGCAGCUGUCCAGAGAUCCAGGGCUAUAUGUACGUGAAGGAGCCCGGACGCAGGUCCUGGAAGAAACUCUACAUGUUCCUGCGACGCUCCGGGCUCUACUACUCUACUAAAGGAACAUCCAAGGAGCCCCGUCACCUGCAGCUGCUGUCGGAUCUGGAGGACAGUAACAUCUUCACCAUCAUCUCGGGCAGAAAACUCCACAACGCUCCAACAGAUUACCAGUUCUGCAUCAAGCCCAGCAAAGUGAGGAGUGACUGUAAGGAGCUAAAGAUGCUGAGUGCUGAGGACGAACAGAGCAGGACCUGCUGGAUGACAGCCUUCAGACUGCUCAAAUAUGGGAUACUACUGUACCAGAGCUACAACGUUCCCCAGCAGAGGAAGUCCAACCUCUCGCCUUUCUCUGCACCCGUGCGGAGUGUAUCUGAGAAUUCCCUGGUCGCCAUGGACUUCUCCGGGCGGACCGGCCGCGUCAUCGAUAACCCCGUUGAGGCCCAGAGCGCCGCCCUGGAGGAGGGACAGACCUGGAGGAAACGGAGCCAGCGUAUGAAUGUCCUGGGCAGUCCCAGCCCCCUGCACCCAUCCCCUCUGAACACAGUGAUCCACAGGACACAGGUAUGGUUUCAUGGUCGCAUCAUGAGAGAGGAAGCCCACAAGAUGAUCAUUCAACAAGGCCAAGUAGACGAAUUAUUCCUGUUGCGGGACAGUCAGAGUAAUCCCAAGGCAUUCGUGCUCACCUUGUGCCACCACCAGAAGAUCAAGCACUUCCAGAUCCUUCCGUGUGAGGAGGACGGUCAGGUGUUCUUCAGCCUCGACGACGGCGCCACCAAGUUCACCGAUUUGAUCCACCUGGUGGAGUUUUACCAGCUCAACAGAGGAGUGCUGCCCUGCAAGCUCAAACACCCCUGCACCGCCGUGGCCUUGUGACACUCCACGCCCCCCAACACCUCCGACCCCUUUUUUUGCACACCUCUCACCCUGAGAUCCCUAUCCCCCGUCUGCUCCUCCCUCACCAACGCAAUGAGGUUGAGCAGACAAGAGAAAAGUUAAGUCAAGUUUUGGGGAUGUGAACAACUCUGCAGGAGCCGGCAUUGGAGGUUUAAUUUCCCCCAGUGCGCCAGUGCUUUUCUCCGCCAUACCGCUGUUUUGGAUGUUGGAAUAGGAACCGAUUGGAUAGUUCAAGCGUUGCAGAUUGUGGACCCAGCAGUUGCCCAACUCCUGCGAUGUUGUCAUGGAGAGAUUGUUUUGUCAUUGCCGUUUUGACCCUGGAGAGAGACCACAUGUAGUGAAAUCACAAGACAACUAAGGUCUGUUCAAAAAAGAGUGCUUCGGGUCUCUCGGGUUGGAUCCCCCCCUCAGAGACCUUCAAACCCGCCGAACCUCCCUCAUCCUCCAGGCCUGAUAAGCUGUGGUGACCGCACCACCCUCUGACUUCCUCAUCGAUAAUCAGGGAUGGACGGGAACGUCUUAUCAAACUCGAUCCAGGAGUUUUCUCAACCUGUGCAGUCCAGUCUGAAUAAGCUGACACCCCGCCCCGCCCCGCCCCACCGCGACACCCGAGCGGACUCGAUGCUUCCUCUCUGCUGUGUCCUGUUGUCUCACGAUCCCCAGACGCAAACCCCCGAUCCGGCCUCUCCUCCUCCACCGAAGCUCAGAGAAAAGUCGGGAGAGAAAAAGAGAAGUAGCUAAAGGCAAGAUAAGCAGAGCGGUGGCGAGGGUUUUGCUGAAAGGACAGAGGAAUGUUUAUCGGGAAGGCUGCAACAAGCCUCUCUUGUAGAGUUGAUUACUUGAUGUCAUUUUAAUGCUGUUUUUAUUACUGUUGAUUCAAUGCAGAACUAGUUUUGCACUCCCGGGCAGACAGACGACAGCUGUUCUCUCUAGCUAAAUGAAGCUGCCUGCUUUUCCGUUCGUCCUCCUCCUCCUGCAUGCCUUCUGAAAAAAGAAAGCAUGCACGUGAAUUUCCACCAGUUCUGAUUGGAUUACAGUGGCGUGGGAGCAAAGAGAGAGUUAGGGCUGAUUAUGCAGUGCCUUUCAGGAAGGUUUGGGGGGACAUCUUUGUCCGUGUGGCUUGAACCAACAUGACCAUGCGUUGGUAAAAAUUGAAUGUGCGUCUGGAGACAAUGAGGAAGAGGAGGAAGACUUAAAUAGAUUCCUGAAAAGUGUGUCCGCCCCCAAGCUUCUACCAUUUGAAUUUGUUUUUUAUGGAAAGGGUUAAAUCUGUUGGUGAAUUUGUCUUUGAAUGUCAUUGUCUUUCCUAAGUCUGAUCUGAGCUCACUGCUUGCACAUUUAGAUUAUUGAUUUGAUAUUGAUGGGUUGGAGCUGUCAUGUUGACCACUGUUCCCUCUCUCCAGAAAAAGACAAAUCAAAAGAAGCACUCCCGUAAUGUUUGUUUUUUUGUUUUGUUUGUUUGGUUUAAUGUGGAAUUGAUCAAAUGACUUGAAAUGUGAACUCAGUUGAUUGUGCGUCAACACACAGUGGAAUGAGAUUCACCCGCCUUAAGUGAAAAUUGUGAGCCUCGUGUAUGAAAUGGAAGCUAUACUACAAUGCACACAUACAGUAACAUAUUUCAAGAAGAUGGAGUAACAUCAACAGUGUCAAACAUUAUGUUAAAUGGACGGUUUAACAUUUUUGCAAAUAUUCUUUUUCACUUUCUAGUGGAGAGUUAGAUGGCAAGAUCGAUACCACGCUUAGCUUAGCUUAGCAUAAAGACCGGAAACGAGGGGAAACGGCUAACCCGGCUCUUUCCAGGUGUAACAAACCUCCUAGCGCCUCUAAAGCUCACUAAUUAACACAUUAUAUCUUGUUGAAGAUGACAAUGUGUGGUUUUAGCAGUGGUUGUGUGCUGAAUUAUUUCUUGGCUGGGCGCCUUCCUAAACUAAGCUAACUAGCUAUUGGCUAGUAACGUUGCGAUGGAAAUACUUUUUAAAAAUAUAUAUGACUCUGGGUUCCUUUCUCUCAUUGUUUCAGAUAUUCUAAAGACGGGAAACUGGUAUCAAUCUACUCAUCUAAAUCUUUACGAGAAAGCAAAUAGCUCUAUUGACCAACAUUGACUAUUCAUAAAAACAGGUACUGGUAAUGCAAACCAGCAUUUCUGGGCCUAUUUUCUUGUUGGGAUGCUGUGUUUAUCUUAGUUCACAGCGCCUGCAUGGGAGCUCGCUCGCAUCAGUGGUGAACAUCAGGUUGUGCUGUCAGUCCCUCACAAUCGCACAAUAAGGACGUCUUUCUUCAACAGCAAUCUUGCAAUAAUCGAACAAGCAGACAUUCAUGAUAGUGAACGGUAGAGGAAGCCAUUUCCUCACCAGCAGGAGCCACGGUAGACCAGAAUGCCUUGUAGCCAUCGGGCGUGUUGUCAGUAAGGGGCUAUACAAGUGUUCAUUCAUUACUUCAGAGCUGGAGUGAUUCAUUGAUUAGACGACAGAACAUUAAUUGGCAACCAUCUGCAUAAUCACUAAUCUGUUUUUAAGCCAAAAUGCGAGAAACAAAGAUGAUUCUAGCUUCUCAAACGUGAGCUUUUGCUGUUUUUCUUCGUCUUACAUUAUAGGAAACUGAAUAUCUUACGGACUGUGGGUCAGACGGAAGAAUUUGAAGACCUCACCUUGGUAUCUAGGAAAUUGUAAUGGACAUUUUUUUUUUUUUUUUUUGUAAUUUUCUGACAUUUUAUCGACCACCAACGAUUCAGCGAUCAAUUAAGAAAAUCAACAAAUUUGCCACCAAUCAAAGAAAGAAUCAUUACUGGCAGCCUUUUAUAUUUAGGCUAGCUAGCUCAAUUUCUGUGGCUAUGGGUCAAUAUCUCAUUGAAAACAGCACGGUCAUACCUGUUUCUGUGUGGUUGUAGAAAAGCAUUCUGGGAGAUGAAGUGAAAAGGAGACGAGGCAGGUAUACAAGGCAAAGUGGGUCCAGAAGAAAAAGUAGAAUGUGACACUUAAUCACUAAACAAAUCUACCGUAACGCCAUUAUUUGAAAUUAUCCAACUUUGGCACCCCCUAGUGUUGGCAUUGAAACAACUAUUUCCACAUGCUAUAUUGGCAUGCAAAGCGGCUUUAACAUGUCGUCUGAUGAUCUUUAAAGCUAUCGAGCACCGAUACCCAUAUUAAUAGGCCCUCUCCUGAUGUCAUGUGACCAGCGGAUGGAAAUCCCGCAGACAUGUGACAAAACACCUGCUUAGCCUCACCUGCACCUCCUCUCCAUCCGGUGCUAGACUCUCUCAGUCCACAGGGUUAGCACAGGGUCAUCAGACCCCCUGCCUGGCUAACUGAACUCUCUCCAAGUGCUGUCAUUGACUCCCAAUCCACUGCCACCAUCGGUCGACCAAUCACGUGACUUGAAUGACUCACCAGCUCUGCGCUCCACCAAUCAGGCCUUUUUAGUCAGCCAGGGUAGACUUGCUCCAGGGAUUGGAUAAUGCUUGAAUCCCCAGCCCCCCUUUCCCCACCUGUGUCCAGCCGGUAAGCUGUGUGUGUGUGUGUGUGUGUGUGUGUGUGUGUGUGUGUGUGUGUGUGUGUGUGUGUGUGUGUGUGUGUGUGUGGCCAGACUGUUAUAGUCAUUAUUCAGGAUUGCUUAGUCUGCUGGUUAUCAUAACUUGCCUUUUAGAGACAGUAAGAGGAAGGUUGUUUGUCGGUUGGGUGAAGUCGAGCUAAGCCGAGGAUUUAGAGGAGACGGGAGGUUGGCUGGACGUCUCCCAGCAUUCCCAGUCUUCAGUUCUUUCCUGUCCGUCAGAAAGGCGGCCGCAAAGCCACGUCGCUGUGGGUCCUCUCCUCCCUCCAUUUUUAAUCACUGUGCUACAAUGCAAUCCCAUACACAAGCCCAAGUAUAUGAAUAUACCAGUAUACAGUAUCAUUUGUUUUCUAAGUAUGUGAAGCUAUGGAAGACGUAGAUCUAACACUGUACCUAGGUCACAGAUCACUAUGUAUGGGGUGUUAUGUUUAUGCUCAUAACGCCGUGUAAAAUGAAGAAUGAUUUAUUUAGUCCUUUUAUUUCCAUUAUUUGAUUGUCUGUGUAUUGAGAUUUUUGUGUAUUUUCUUUUGGUUUGCCACAAAAUUACCUUUUAUAUAUAUAUAUAAAAACAAAAGAAUAUACCACAGUAUAUACAGUAUUAAAUUAAGCUGUUUUUUUAUUUUUUAGAGAUCAAACUGGAUUUUUGGCGUGUGUCAAAUUUCUGAACAUCAGUUGUGUGUAAGCUGACCGGCUAUUCUGAUGCCAUUUUGUUUGAAAACCACAUCUUUUGAAUAUCUCCUCUCUGUCUGUCACGUCCGAUUCCACUCGGUUUUUCACACACGCACACACACACACACACACACACACACACACACACACACACACACCACUGGUUUUUCACCAUGAGCGCACACACCGAUGCUUAACCCUUGGGGAUAUUCUUAGCAGCUUUUGCACACCUAUCAUAACGAGUAGUGCAAUUAUACUCCUUAGCUCAAGAGGGCAGUGCAUUUCAUUAUUACCAUUUACUCUGAUUUUAAGGUGCAUAACAAAGUUUGUUUUAACUCUUUUUCUUAACUACGCCUAUUCUUGCACCAGGUGCCUCUUGUUUGUGAACGGUAUCGAGUCCUUAGUUGCCAUCCGUCCAACUCUAUUUACAGUUCGCUGUAACUGAAGCCUACUGGAACUAAUGAAUCCGAAUAUCAGGUCAACAUCACAUACAAGUCACGUCGACGUCGGUGACUCAGUGUAGGUGCAAGUGGAACUGACCUAGUGUCGGUUGUGUUUUAUGUUUGGGUUGAGAUCAAUAUGGGCUGAAGUCGAAUUGACAUUUCAGGGAAAGAAUUAAAGAGCAAAUAAACUGUUAUCAUUCUUCUCCAGAUAACCCCACUGUGCUUUGCUUCAUUCUGUCUGUACGGCUCCUGGAUCGACAUUGUAUCCUGUUCAGGUAUUUUUGUACAAAUAAGGGACUGAUGUAUUCUCUGUUUAUUGGAAAUUAGAAUAAAAGACAACAUUGCUAUAAACCAAAAA